UUGGGUCAGGUGGAAAGGAACGGGUGAUUGGUUUACGAUCCGCCACGCUCUCUUCUGAUUGGACAGGGAGGUGUGAGAAAGCGGAGGGUGAGGAGGAGGAGAGAGAGUGGAGAUCCACCAGCAGACUAUCCGCUCCAGUCCCCCGGUGACUCUGCCGGUGCAGCAGCGCACACACACGCACAUACACAGAGCACCCAGAGGACUGAGAUGUGACUGUACAUCGGAGGAAUACAGCGUGUUUCUGUGGGGAUUUUCUCUGUCAGCGGGAUAAUGGGAGCGGACAGGCGAGGAGUCAUUUCGGCCAUGCGGGCCACUUGGGUUGCGGCGCUUCUCAGUGUGAUUACUACCGGUGUUUGCAGUGGAAGAGACAGUGAUGGAUACAAGGACAGCCACAGCUGAGCUUGGCUGGAUAUCGUUCCCUGCCAAUGGAUGGGAGGAGGUGAGCGGCUAUGAUGAGAACCUCAACACCAUCAGGACGUACCAGGUGUGCAACGUGUUUGAGCCCAGCCAGAACAAUUGGCUCCUUACAACUUACAUUGACCGACGGGCGGCGCAACGCAUCUAUGUGGAGAUCCGCUUCACCGUACGUGACUGUGCCUCCAUCCCCAGUGUCUUGGGCUCCUGCAAGGAGACGUUCAACCUCUACUACCUGGAGACUGAUAGGACCGUGUCAGAGGGCAUCAAAGGAGUGGAAUACUGGGCCAAUGCGCCUUUUCUUAAGGUGGACACCAUCGCAGCAGAUGAGAGUUUCUCCCAGGUGGAUUUUGGCGGACGGCUAAUGAAGGUGAACACAGAAGUUCGGAGUUUUGGGCCACUGUCCAAAGGCAGAGGAUUCCACUUGGCCUUCCAGGAUCUGGGUGCUUGCAUGUCCCUUCUGGCUGUCAGAGUAUUCUACAAGAAAUGCCCCAGCGUAGUGCAGAACUUUGCUUUUUUCCCAGAGACACUGACUGGAGCAGAGUCCACGUCAUUAGUCAUUGCCAGAGGAAGCUGCAUUCCCAACGCUGAGGAAGUGGACGUGCCCAUAAAGCUCUAUUGUAAUGGAGAUGGAGAGUGGAUGGUCCCCAUCGGCAGCUGCAGCUGCAAGGCGGGUUAUGAACCAGACAAUGGCAACGUGUGUCGAGCUUGCCCGCAGGGCACCUUUAAGUCCUCCCAGGGGGCAGGAUUAUGUCAGCAAUGUCCGCUCAACAGUCGCUCCACCAUCGAGGCCGCCACCCUAUGUGGUUGUCGGAACGGCUAUUACCGCGGAGACAUGGACAGACCUGAAGACGUGUGCACCAGUGUCCCUUCAGCUCCUCGCAAUGUGGUCUCAGUUGUCAACCAGACAUCAGUGCUGCUGGAGUGGCACCCACCACGCGACACAGGGCACCGUGACGACUUGUCAUAUAAUGUCUUGUGUCGCCGGUGCCACAGCAAUGAGCGCCGGGCAUGUCAGCCGUGCGACGACAGUGUGGCGUUUGUUCCAGGCAAGCGAGGGUUAAAGGAUACAAGGGUGGAGAUCAGCAAGCUGCGGGCCCACACGUCAUACACCUUUGAUAUACUGGCAAUCAACGGAGUCUCCAACAAGAGCCCUUACCCCGCCCAGCAACUGUCAAUCAACAUUACAACCAAUCAGGCCGCUCCCUCAGUAGUUCCCAUAAUGCACCAAGUGAGCUCAACGAGCCGCAGUUUCUCGUUGUCAUGGCCACCGCCCGAACAGCCCAACGGAAUUAUCCUCGACUACGAGAUACGAUACUAUGACAAGUCCCAGUCGUCAGUCCUGAACAGCUCAGUAGUCCAGAGCGAGAUGCCCAACGUGGUUCUCGAGGGACUGAGGCCUGGGACUGGCUACGUGGUCCAGGUGAGGGCCCGUACUGUGGCUGGCUACGGAGCCUACAGCAAGGAGAUGCUUUUCCAAACACUCACCGAUGAUGAGUAUAAGUCAGAGCUGGGGCAGCAGCUCUCCCUGAUUGCAGGCUCUUUAGUAGGUGGUGUGUGUAUCGUCUCAUUGGUAGCUAUCGCCAUCAUCUGUUCCAGGAGAAGACAGUUGAAGGAGAGUGUGUACGGUGACAAGCUGCCACAAUACAACACUGGAGGAGAGGUGACUAUGAGGCCUGACAUGUUUAGUGGUCCCACCCCAACUGUGACCUUUCCCACCCUGUCUGAGGGUCACAGUUCACCAGGGGUCAAGAUCUACAUCGACCCCUUCACCUACGAGGAUCCCAAUGAGGCUGUGCGGGAGUUUGCCAAGGAAAUUGAUCCCUCCUGCGUCAAAAUAGAGGAAGUCAUCGGAUCAGGGGAGUUUGGGGAGGUGUACAAAGGUCGCCUGAAGCCUGUUGGGAAAAAAGAAAUUCCUGUGGCCAUCAAGACCCUGAAGGUGGGCUACUCCGAGAGGCAGAGGAGGGACUUCUUGUCCGAGGCGUCAAUCAUGGGCCAGUUUGACCAACCGAACAUCAUCAGGCUGGAGGGCGUGGUCACCAAGAGCAGGCCCACGAUGAUCAUCACAGAGUUCAUGGAGAACGGAGCUCUUGACUCUUUUCUCAGGCAGAAUGAUGGGCAGUUCCCAGUGAUCCAGCUGGUUGGUAUGCUGAGGGGCAUCGCAUCUGGAAUGAGGUACCUGGCAGAGAUGAGUUAUGUUCACCGGGACCUGGCAGCUCGGAACAUCUUGGUGAACAGUAACCUGGUGUGUAAGGUGUCUGACUUUGGCUUAUCACGAUAUCUGGAGGAGGACACUUCUGACCCCACCUACACCAGCUCACUGGGUGGUAAAAUCCCAGUGCGGUGGACAGCUCCGGAGGCAAUUGCCUACAGGAAGUUCACGUCGGCGUCAGAUGUCUGGAGCUAUGGGAUUGUCACCUGGGAGGUGAUGUCAUACGGAGAGAGGCCUUACUGGGACAUGAGCAACCAAGAUGUGAUAAACGCCAUAGAGCAGGAUUUCAGGCUGCCAGCUCCGAUGGACUGCCCAGUAGUGCUGCACCAGCUGAUGCUGGACUGCUGGCAGAAAGACAGGAACGCUCGGCCAAAGUUCCCUGAUAUUGUCAGCAUGUUGGACAAAAUGAUACGCAACCCUGCAUCUCUCAAAGCCGGCACCAACAACGUGGCCCCUGGUCCUUCUCAUCAUCCCUUGUUAGACCGUGGAGCUCCAGACCUGAGCAGGGUGAGCUCAGUGGAAGACUGGCUGGCUGCUCUGAAGAUGACCCAAUAUCGAGACUCCUUCCUGGGCUCUGGUUUCACCUCUUUGCCGCUUGUCACACAAAUCACAGCAGAAGAUCUUCAGAGAAUCGGAGUAUCCCUUGCCGGACACCAGAAGAAAAUCCUGACCAGUGUUCAGUCCAUGAGGCACCAUGUUGAUGACCAGUCUCCUACUGAAUCUGUGUAACCACACAGAGGGGUGAUGCAGUAUGAAAUAUUUUGACCAGUGUACAGUCUGUGAAGGAGCAGGCUGUCAUCUUUACACUUCUUGUUUUACCCUCUUACACUUCAGUUUGCUGCUCCUGGAGAUCUCAACCAUUUUACAUGUUUUUAAACAAUGGCCAAACUGUGGCCAUUUGUGUGUCUGCAUGGCCAGAUCUCUCCUUUAGUCAUUGGACAUACUUCUCCCAUACCAUUUGGCUUCCAAAAUUUUAAAGUUAAAUCCACUGGGCUGUGCAAGAGCCAGUGACUGAGAACCAAAAAAAAAAGUAUCUGGGUAUCUGGACCUUACUGUGUUAGGGGGCUACAGUCAUAAAUUCCCAUCCCCUCUUUCGCAAAAUCUGCAAGAUAACUGCAGAUUUCAGUGAUGGAAGUCAGACCAGUUCAUCCCAACUUGACUGUUUGAUUCAAGGACGACAUGGCCUGGUUUUUAUGUAAAGAUAAAUCACGCAAAGAUACUACUGUGAAGUCUGGGUGAGCAGACAUUUAUAUGACGGGACACAAAAGCCUGACAAACAGUCUGCAAGGCAGUGUUUCUUGACACCACACAGGACCCACAGCAGGGCCAAUGUGUUUUGUUGAAAAUUGCCACUAUUUGAAUCCAGACAAGAGCCAACAGUUAAAUGUCACGUUUUUGAAUCUAUCUUCAUAUUGAAGAGUCUGUACAUAUUAUAACAUAGGAUAUUUAUUUCCUAUACGCUCAUUUGCUUUGACAACAGCAUCGGACAGUUAAUUGUCACUGGAGUAUUUGUGAGUUCUCUAUGAUUAUCUUCCUCUGCCUGACUCAUCGCUGGAGCAAACUUUGAAGUGCUGUGGACUGCGGACAAAAAAAAAAAAAAAAGAAGAUAAGUUUCAUAGUGUUAUUUUUUGUGUUUUCCAUCCAGCCAUGAAAAGAUGAACUCUUCCCAUGCAGAGAGCCAGCGAGGCCUGUCCUAGUUAAAAUACUUAAUUCAGAGGGAACUCAUAGUGGAUGAUGUUUUACAAUCAGCACUAAUGCCCUCUGAGUAAAGCCAAUUAUGGAUCAGAAAACAGCAACAAAAUCAGAUAAAGAAAUAUUUUACCAUAGCAGUGCAACAGCUUACUUCCCAAGCUAGGAAGGAAGGCAACGGCACAUUUGGAGGAGGAACAGCUUAAGAGACUGUGGAUAUUGAGUCAUUACCAGCUGCUGAGACGCACCUGUUGUGAAACGCACCACAGUGGCCAGGGAAUCUCAAAAGACACAAAAAGGUAUUCUCAUCCAACGUUCUUGUGAUUUGGCUGCAAACCCUAAAGCUGACUGCCAGUCGAGCAUUAAUGCAGCACAUGAGCAAACCAGAAAUCCAAUGCUCGUGGUCUGUCCACACACACGAAACAAAUCUCAUUUCUGUCAGAACUGUAUGGCUGCCGUCCAGAUGGUAAUCAUCACUCUGCAGCAGACAGGCAGUCAGGCAGGGUCCUUUGUAUUAUUAUUAUUUUUAUUUAUUUUUUUUGAUUCAGUGGCUGCCGGACAUGUCAUUGUUGUCAGAGUCUGUUUUGACAGUCACAUUUCCCAACUGACAUCACUGAUUAAUACUGUUUUGUCAGUUUGCAGAUGAAAUGACAUGAAGUGACCUAUACACAUUCUCAUCUGUGGAUGGCAACCUUUUCAUUGUCGCGCCUCACGCAAAACACAUUUACAGCCAACAAAGAUUGAUUCCUCAGACAUGUCAGAGCAAAGAUAUAACAUGGAAAGAUAGUAAAACAAAAUGCUGUGGGUCAAGAAGGAAAUUGUUGGGUUGUUUAUCAUGUUUUGAUACAUAAAUGAGAUGUUUGACUCACUAGUCUUCACAGAAUAUAUCAUGGAGGCCUGAUCUCUCUGUGGGGCACACUGGUGGAGAAGCUCUGGGAGAUCUCUUUUAUCUCAGCGCUGAGCAAAUUACCAGCUGUGAAACAACAGCCCAAACCGCUGGUCAUGCGUGUGCACCCGCAUCCUGAGGAUUACCGGUCUGUAGCGCUGAUUGGAUGUCAUGAUUUUAUUUGUCAUCCGCUGCGAGCUGUGCUCACAAUGACAGAAGUGACAGUGUUUAGUUGUUUGCUUUCAACACGAUGUGUCCUGCAGAACGAUGUGUUUGUGUUUGUCUCGCACCGCUGAUCUCCACUGCUGGGACACCCCAAAGUCUUUUAUUUAUGAAAGUUGUGACAUUGAGAGGUCCGUGACUAUUUUAAACCUCCAAAACAUUUCAGUUUCCACUUUUCGACAAAACUCUGCUCCGCCGCGGUGACCAGAAUUGCAUUUGUUGCCCGGCAACAAUAGCUUAUUGAACAUUUUAUCAGAAAGUAUUGAGAUCAACUGGGAGUGAGUCAGUGGUUCAGAGGCAUAAUUCGUUGUAAAUAGAUGCCUCUGGAAAAACAGUUUCAGUGCUGGCUCGAGGGUUUAAUAAAGAGUGAGCUGACUCAUGUGUCUAAAAGCUCAUAUUAAACGCCACCUUAAAAAAUGUCAUGCAGAGUAAAUGAAAGCUAUCAACACAGGCAGGUAUCUUAAUACAUUAUAUAACAUCUGCAGCUGAAUGUGAUGUGUCUAUUCUUUGCUUCAUAUUUUUUUUCCUCUGGUAUUUAAUUUUAGGUUAGAUGUGAAUUUUCAGAGACAUUUCACAUGUUACUGUGUCAGUGUUCGUGAAAAGGUGAUAAAGGCAUACAGUAAAUGAUGUACAGCACUUCCUGGUUUGAGCACAAAUAUUCACCACAGAGACGAUAUCUCAGGAACACAACAGUUGUGAGUGUUGUCCACACUGCUGCAUUGGUAAAUCCUGCACUAUGUAGAAAGUUUAAUCCAAGAUGAAGUGCUUUAAGAGUUCAUGGAGAAAACUGUUUUUGAUGUUCCGAAGUGCUUAUUAAAAGUUAAAUCCACACUAAAUCCAGCCCCUUAAAGAGGGAAACAUAUUACUAAAACCUCUGCAAGUUCUCUAUUUGUGUAUGUGACCAUGUUUCUUAAACAAGAAAAUGGAGAGAUCCAGUUUUAGGUGAUGAAGAGUAGCCAGAGUUAAUACACUGUCUGAUUAUAUCUUUGCUGAAUGUCUGGUCAUGUCUUCAGAUUCAGGGAUAAAGUAGGUUUUUAAUCCUUGUCAUUGAAAGUUUAGCCACUGAAGUUUUUAAAUGUUGCCCCUUUUUAUUUUUGUCUCUUUUUUAUGAAGGAUUUAACAUUGAAAAAUACAAAUCACCCAGCAUCCGAUGACAUUUUUGGCAUUGCACAAAGGAAAAUGAGGAGCUGUUCAGUUUUAUUGACAUGCAUCAGUGCCAGUUGAAGAUACCCUGCGGAGUUCUCUUAUAAACUGUUUACAUUCAGUGUUUAUCACCAUAACAGAUUGAAUGCGUCCUUGAGGAAGAAGAAGUGUUGACUGUAUCCCCUUCCUCAUAAAUAGUUAUUUUUGUGAACAUUUUAAAAGUUGCAUUGUUUACAUUGAUACUUAUUAGAUAGCAGUCUUCUUCUCUGUCACACUGAAUGAACAAAUCUUUUGGACCCGCUCUUUUUUUGAAUUUCGAUUCGUAUUGGGUCUACACUGGUGUGUACCCCCAGGACAGUCAUAUCCUUGCAUCAUGGGUCCAACGCUGAGAAAGGCUCUCGCCCUCUACAUUUAUAUGUUACCAGUCUAGCUGCCAGCCAUACAAAUGAAAGCAUCACAAUCUUAAAUCAUGUUACAAACUCACUUUGAGUUCUGUGUGAGUUUAUCUCACACAGAACUCAAAGUUUAUCUUGCUUAAAGCAGUUAAGGUGGUGACUGACGUUAUGUUUUUCCUGAUGAUACCAGCUCUCGAACACACUCGCUGUUCCUCUGUAUUUUCUGUAGAUGCCAACCUGCAGCCUGUAUGCCAAAAAAUACUGAAGAGGCCACUUUGGGUCUGGCCAGAUUUGUUCAUUUACCAGACUCAGACAGUAGAAUCAGUGCUUGUUAGCCUGUGGGUGUUUUUCCUACCACCUGCAAAUUUUGGUUGACAGUCACACUGCUUUUAGUGCCUGUUAGUGGUAAUAACUGUUUUGCAUAUUGACUGGCUCAAGCAAGAAAUGUCACUCUUGGACUUCCUGACACUAAGUCCCCACCUUCGCUGGUGCAUUGCUGCAUUUCUUAGUGAGUUAUCGCACCAUUGGCAGGAGUGUAUACUGCAUCACCCACAUGCAUGUGUCUUUCCAUGUGCAGAAAAAAGGCGAGUCAUAGUGAAAAAACUCAACAGGGUGUAGUAUAUGGAAUAGAUACUGUUUUAAGUUGGAUUUCCCCUUUAAAGGAGAGAUCCUCCCUUAAUUAUCAUUUAGAUUUCUCUACAUGCAAUACUUGUUGUUCAUUAGGACAUGAUUUUGUUAGAAAGUGUUGGGUUUUACUUUUGGGAAACUUGCUGCUCUCAAAAAAGGCCACCGUGUCUGUGACCACAGCCCACCUCCUUUGUAAAAACUUGCCAUUUCAUGCAGCUUAAAUGUAUUCUGGUCUGCUGGGAUUACUACCGAUGGAGACGACUAUGAUGAAUUUCUCUCCAGUCAUUGAAUGGCAGUAAAAAUGACACCUGCAGACAAAAGGCACUGACACCAAAACCUGACAUUUACAGCAGAUGUUUUAGAUAGAAAACUCCAUUCAGACUCCACUGUAACUGUGCUGGAAAUGUAUGAACAUGAUGUUACAUUAUGUUUGGCCAAUUAAGCACAGAAAUAGGACAAAUGGACUACUAAACAACAAAAAUAGGGCUGAAAAUGCAAGGUGCAUCACCAGAAGCUCCUCUGAGUGCUUUAGGGUGGAUUUAUCUUUUAAUUGCAGUUAUUUUCUGGAAGCUGGACCAACUCCUGUUUUCUCCUCUCCUGUUGCUCUGGUGUAAUAGAUACUGUAGGGGAGGCUGGAGAUGAGAGAAGACGAGUUAUGAAGAGAGGGAAAAAGUGAAAGGGAAUAGGUAAUAGAGGGGGAAAGAGGAGACGGGAAGGAUAACUGAAAAAGAGAGAAGGGGGGGUGGGGGCAUGAGAGGCAAAGCUCGUAGUGUUUGAAUAAAAAUUAGGCUGGGAGUGGAGAGAUUACUCUUUCUCUUUUUGUCUCUUUCUCUCUCUCCCCGCUCUACCCGGCUGUCCUCUUUCUUCUUCUAAUGCCCACAACCUCUCUGCUUCCAGUCUGCAUUUCUGUAGUCUCGGUUGACAGUUUAAAGGCAAGCAAGUCAAGCAAUCUUUCUAUUUUAGAUACACUAUUUUCACAAACAUUUUGGAUGUAUUGGCAAGUUUCACUUUCACACAAAGAGAGAAAACUGCAGUGUUUUGUUGGUGGUUUUCAGGAGAACAUUUAUCCCAAAACAGUUAAAGCAACAGUCUUCUCUACUUUAAAUGUUGUUAUUUGACCUGCUGACCUUUGUGCUGAGUCAUUCACAGUGUUUUGUCAAACUAACCAGACCUUCAUGUUAACCUUUUUUUAUUUCCUAUUGCUUGCCAAUGUCAGUCCACCACUUUGGCCCAGACUGAAAUUUCACAAGAACCACUUGAUCGAUUGCCUUGAAAAUUUGUACAGAGAUUUUUGGUCCCGAAAAGAUAAAGCCUACUGUUUUUGAGGAGUCCUAAGACUUUCUCUCCAGUGCCACCGUGAGGCUGACAUUUUAGUUUGUAAAUGAAAUGUCUCAAUAACUACUGGAUGGAUUGUCAAAGACAUUCUUGUUCCCAUCACGGUAUGUCAAGUCAAAAUUUCAAUCUGUCCAACACUCAUCUGGUUCAUGAAAAAUACCUGAAAAACUAAUGUCAUUCUCAUCAGCCAGAGCUAAUUAGCAAAUGCUAGCACACUAACAUGCUAAACUAAAAUGGCGAACAUGGUAAACAUAAUACCUGGUAAACUUCAGCAGGUUAACAUUGUCAUUUUGAGUAGCAUUUAGCUCAAAACACAGCUGUGCCAAAGUACAGUCACAAAAGCUUCUAGCAUGGCUGUCGACUUUUAACCAAACCUGCAUCUCUUAAGGAUAUGUUGGCAAGGAUCUCUUCUACAGAUAAAAUAAACUGCUUGUUUUGUUGUGGAUUUUCAGAGGAGCUCUUAUCCCAAAACUGCGAACACAAAAGUCUUGCUUUAUAGCACAAGUGUUAAGAGAUCGAUCUCUCAUUUUUAGCCGGUAACCUUUGGUCCAUGUGUCCAGUCAUUCACAGUGUUUCAUCAGACUAACCUGAACUGAAGGAGUCGAGCUGUAAACACUCUUUAAACACGAAGAAAAAGGUUUUUUUUUCUUCAUAGUUUUUUUUCCCCCCAUGUUAAUUUAUUUGCUUUUCUAUGGCUUGCCAUACUUUUCAGUAUGUAUGUAAUGUACGGUUUCUCUCUGAAAAAAGAAAAACAGCUCAGUAAUCAGCUGUAGUCUGCCUUUCUCUGUUUACCUACAAUACUGUUCUAGGUGUUACUGCUCAUAUAGUCAGAGCAUCCCACUGUAAUGUAUUAUAAUUCUGUAAUAUAAUGUGAGUAUGCGCACGCCUGUGCAUCUUUGUGAGUGUGUGUGUGGGGGGGGGGGGGGGGGGGGGUAAUAUAAUGUGUGUGUGCUGUUCAGUGUACAGUAAAAUGUUUGUACAUCGUGCGUGUGAGUUUGUAGCUGUUAACUUUCUGAAUCUUACAUUUACAAUGCACUGUUUGUCAAUAAAGAAGACAAAUCAA